AUGACGGCGCUCUCGACGCGGGCGCGCGUGCCGUGCCACGCGCAGUUCGACCGCGUCCGCGGGUUGGCUACCAACCGUCGUGUGGCGACGGUUCCCGCGCGGGGCGGGCGAUCUCUCGACCGGCGAUGCGUUCCUCGCGCGGUUUCCAUCUACGACGCCGUGCGCAAGAGCAGCUACGACGACCGCGACGGCGACGGCUCCGGCGCCGCGGACGCCGCGGACGCGGCCGCCUCGUCCGCCGCCGCGGGGGGGGCGCCGGCCAAGGUUUCCGUGCGCGCGCAGGUGCCCCCGAGAAAAUCCAAGCCCGGGCCCGCCGUCGUGCCGCCGGCGGUGAUCUCCUCCAGGGCGGCCAUGCUCGCCGCCGCCGAGGACCUCGCCAGGGACGUUCCCGACUGCGACAUCGACGACGACGAGUGCGCCGUGCGGGCGAUAAACGACGACGCGUCCGGGGACGAGCGGGACGGCAUCGUUCGGUGGACGAUCAAAGCGCUCGAUAAGAACCUCGACCAGCUGGAACGGACCAAGCCCAAGCAGGCGGAGGUGGCGUGGCGCGUCGCGAGCGAGGCGGAGAAGGUGGUGCGAUCGCCGACGUUCCAGAAGGGCGCGAAGGUGACGGGCGACGUCGGCAUGGGCGUCAUCAAGGCGGCGGCGCCGGUGGUUGGCAAAGUCGCGGGCGAAGCCGGCAAGUUUGCCGCCAAGACCGCGUUCAAGGCGGUCGUCGGAGGGGUGGUGAAGGGCCUCGACGGUCAGGCGAGCAAGGUGAGAAACGGCCAGGCGAACAAGGGCGGCGGGAAGGACAAGGAGACGGGGGCGGGUUCGAAGAAGGGCGGCGGCAAGGGGGGACUGGGCAGUCUGUUCAAGAAGUGA